GCGGCUAAACGAGCUUUAGGUCAAAUUGACUUGGGAUUCGGAGUAACAAGUGUUCGUGUUGUGUAUUACUACGCGCGCUUCGGAAGUGUCGUGUAACAGUACGGACACACAGAAGAGCACACCAUGGCUAUGGCGAUUGGAACAGAUUCCAAAUGGGUUUCUGCUUACUUAGCCUUAGCCAUUGCUGCUCUCUCUGCUUCCACCACUGCUUUCUCUGUGAUUCUGUGGAAGAGAAAGUCGAGGCUUUUGGAAACCAAGAUUCGUGAGCUUCAGAACUCUCUCAACUCCUCCUUGGAUAACUGUGCAGCCGAGAGACAAGGCCGAAUUCGAGCUCAGCAGGCUCUGAGGAACACUCUAGCUCAACCAAAGCUUGAGAAUACUGAGCUGACUUCUUAUCCCAUGACACCAAUUGGUACCAUCCAAUCAUGCUUUUCUACCAGGAAUGGAACACCAAGGCAACCUUUACUUGUUCCUCUCGCCAGGGCAUGCUUGGUCUUUGAUUCGUCUCGGGUUCCUCCGGCAUCCCUCGAGGGUCUUGGGGACUAUUCUCAUUGCUGGAUUUUAUAUGUUUUUCAUUUAAAUACUGAUUUGGAUAAGCUUUGGAAGCAUCCAUCUAAGUCAAAGUUCAAGGCUAAGGUGAGGGUGCCAAGGUUGAAAGGUGGAAAGAUGGGAGUAUUUGCGACUCGAUCACCACAUCGUCCAUGUCCUAUUGGGCUCACUGUUGCAAAGGUUGAGGCAGUGGGAGAGCAUAUGAUGCUCCUCUCUGGUGUGGAUCUGGUUGAUGGCACACCGGUACUUGAUAUCAAACCUUAUCUUCCCUUCUGUGAUAGCGUCCAAGACACAAGUCUGCCUGAGUGGUUGAUGGGGGAGAAUUUAUUAGUAGCAGCUUCUGUUAGCUUUGCCGAGGGCUUCAGUUCCACACUUUCUGAUUGCUGGGAAAAAUCGGGCAAGAAUUCACUCUAUGCUUCGCCAGAUGAGUUUCAAAGCUUGAUAAGGCAAGUUCUGUCAUGGGAUAUUCGAUCAGUGGCUCAACGCAAUCGGCCUCACAAUUCUUUUAUUAGAACAGAAAAUGAUGAACCAUUGGAAAGUCCUUCUGAUUCCGAGGAUCAUAAAGAUGAAACAGCUCAUAACCAUGGAAGUGAACAGGCUCCACUUUCUUCUGAGGAUGUAAUUUAUCACUUGAUCUUGGAAGGAUUGAAUGUUUCAUACAGAAUCGAUCCCAACGGCAAUGUCACCGUGGAGAAAGUCUCACCAUCACCAGCCAUCUCUAAAAGCAACCAAAACCGCUCUAAUUACCUCACAUGGAGAGACAAGUUAAGCUAACCCACCAAUAUCUCUUGUUGGAUUUCUCUUUUUUUUUUUUGUUACAAUAGUGGAGUUUAGGAAGACAAAAAAAUUGAAAGAAGGAAAAGAAAAAAAAAUGCAUACUUCAUAAAAACUUUCAAGUUUUUUCUAUUUGGAAACUAAAGUCACUUCCAUACUCAAUGAUUGUAUGGUGAAAGUCCAACUACUGAGCAGAAUAGUAAAAUGGAAAGAGCCAUUUGCAUAUUUUGUUCUGUGGUAGUUAUAAUUGACAGUUGAAUGGUUAUAUCAAUCUGAUCUUUUAUAUAUA